UAAAAUAAAAUAACAACAACCCGUCACCGAAACCGCAAGUCUACUGCUGGACAUUCAAACCAUCGUUUGCACAGAAGUCGAUCUUUUUCCUUUGAUUCUUACAAUCAUUUCGCGAGUUCGGUUGCUUAAGAUUGAUUGAAUGGAUAAGUCACCUUCCUUGUUCAUAAUAAUCAGAUCUCUUCUUUUAGGAUACAUCAUCGUUGCUGGUUCACUUGCUUAUACUGUCAGCGCGAAAUCUCCUCGACCAAUAUCCGAUAGAGAGAUCAGAGAGAAGAAAGAUGCUUGUUAUGCAGACAUCGAGAGUGGACUCUGGGGGUGGCAAUGCAAAUCGUCAAUCAUAGCGAAGGAGAACUGUGCUUUGCGAUGUCUCUCCCCGGCUUGUUACGAGCUUAUCUACGAAAGUGAUCCUCUUGAAGAAGGAGAGAAAGAUUUCAUUAGAAGCCAAGAGUACAAGUACUGUAUGCACAGGUUAUCAAUGGGAGAAUCCCUUGACGGUAUUAGAGGGGCCUUCGACUAUUAGAACCAGUGAAAUCCAUUUUGAUCCCCCAUUUAAUACUGAUAAGUGAUAAAUAUGUGUAAAUUACUAAACUGUUGUUGUUAACCCAUCCCCCCACCCCCCCACCAAAAAAAAAAAAAGAAAAACGAAGAAAAAGUAGUGCUAUGUAUUAUUUGUUUCAAUUUUGUUAUGAUUCAAGCCUAUGGAUAAGACUUGAUUAAAAUUCUAUUACAUGGUGAGUAUAUAUCAUAGGUGUUUGAAAGAUUGGGUUUAGGUUAA